AGAAAUUAACGAUUAGUACUCUUUAUAUAGUUCAAAAGAGAAUUAAUGGAGAAGAAAAUGAUGGGUUGUGUUGUAUUGGCCUUUGGGUUGAUGUUUUUGGCCUUAAAUGCAAGUGGGAGACCUUCGAAUGACAUAUCAUGCACAGAUGCUGUAAUAGAUUUGUUGCCGUGCCAGUCGUUUUUGGUGAGUUAUGGCCCAGCGUUGCCCACUGAUGCCUGCUGUCAAGGUGCACAGGCUGUGCUGAACCAGGCUACCACCAUUGAAAUACGCAAAUCUCUAUGCGAGUGUUUCAAAAAGGUUGGAAAAGAUAUGAAUGUUAACCCUGAGAAAGCUAAACAACUUCCCUCUCUCUGCAAGAUCGACACUCCCGUACCCAUUGACAUUGACCCCAAUAUGGACUGCAGCAAAAUCCAAUGAUGCCCUCAAGAGAGAUGUCAGUGAAAUAAACUUGGGGAAGAAGGAGCAAUUUAAUUAUCCA